GAAAAGUCCCAAAUACCAGUCAAGAUGACCGACGGAGACUAUGGAACUUAUCACCUGGGGGACUGGGAGCUCCAGAGUGGAGAGAAGCUUCUGAAUGCACACCUGGCAUACAAGACCUUCGGUGACCCCAGCUCCCCCGCCAUUGUUUACCCGACGUGGUUCUCCGGACUCAUCUCCGACAACUUCUGGCUAAUCGGGGAAGACAAGACCCUCAACCCCCAAAACUACUACAUCAUCAUCCCCGCCCUCUUCGGCAACAGCCAGUCCACCUCACCAUCUAAUUACCCCGCCCCGGGCCCGUUCCCAAAAUGCUCCUUCUACGACAACGUGCGCGCGCAGCACCAGCUCGUCACGCAGCACCUGGGCAUUACGCACCUGCGGGCUGUCGUCGGCUGGUCUAUGGGGGGCGGGCAGACCUACCAGUGGGCGACGCAGUAUCCGGAUUUCAUGGACCUCGCUGUGCCCUUCUGCGCGUCCGCUAGAACGUCUCUGCAUAAUCAAGCGUUUCUUGAAGGUGUCAAGGGGGCACUCCUGGCGGCGAAGGGCGUUCCAUCGGCGGGGCCAGGCGAGGGCGGGAUCUUUCGCGCGGAUCAGAACCCGCGGCUGUGGUCUGCUGGGGAAAGGGAGAUUGGGCUCAAAGCGUUUGCGAGAGUUUACGCGGGAUGGGGUUUCAGUCAGGCUUUCUACAGGGAGAAGCUGUAUGAAACCGCACUAGGCUUCAAGGACUUGGAGGACUUUUUGCAGAAUUUCUGGGAGGCAUGGGCUCUGUCUAAGGACCCGGAAAAUCUCCUCGUCAUGCUUCAGACGUGGCAGAAUGGGGAUGUCGCCCAGCAGGCCCCGUAUGACGGUAAUUUCGAAAAGGCCAUGGCCUCGAUCAAAGCGAAGACUUUGGUGCUCCCGGGAAAAACGGACCUAUACUUUCCACCAGAAGACUCGCAGUAUGAGCUCGUGUGCAUGCGACCGGGAGUUGGGACACUCGAUGUUUUCCCUUCUAUCUGGGGCCACUGGGCUGGCGGGCCGGGGGAUAGUAAAGAUGACGUCCAAUGGUUGGACAAGAAGCUGUCAGGAUUUUUCCAGAUAAAAUAGUUGUACUGGCACUCAAUGGGACAGGAGGUCUGAACAUUCAACAGCGUAGGAGUAACCGAUGGUGAAUGGAAUACGGGUGGAGAUGGCGGUAUCAGAACUUUGCAUGAUUCACUAUUAAUAGUCUCUUCCAACUAGCAGGGACAGAAGAGUAAGAAGGGCUGUGAAUUGAUUUGUUUCAAUACUCUCCAGGGGAUUGUGAUAGCCAUUGAUGUAUCUACAGUGAAGUUGAAAACAGCCUGAACUGGU